AGUCCGGACUGCGAGCCCCGACGGCGGCGCGGCCGGGGCUCGGCGAGCGGGCGGCCGGGGACGCCGAGCGGCUCGGGAUGAGGAGAGCGGGGCCCGGGCGGAGCGGCGUGAGGACCCCAGGGGCUGCGGCCACGCGGGCGCCCUGAGGCCGCGGGAGGCGAUGCGGGCUCGCCGCUGAGAGGCUUGGCGAGAACGAGGAAGCCCCAAGAUGGAGGACUUCUCGGCCAGGACCUACGGCACCAGCGGGCUGGACAACAGACCUCUGUUUGGGGAGACGUCGGCCAAGGAUAGAAUCAUUCAUUUGGUUGUUGGAAGCUUAACAUCCUUAUUGAUUCUUGUAACGCUCAUCAGCGCAUUUGUUUUCCCUCAACUACCUCCAAAGCCGCUGAAUAUAUUUUUUGCUGUCUGCAUCUCUUUGAGUUGUAUUACUGCCUGCAUUCUGAUCUACUGGUAUCGACAAGGAGAUUUAGAACCAAAAUUUAGAAAUCUGAUUUACUAUAUCUUAUUUUCUAUCAUCAUGUUAUGUAUAUGUGCAAACCUGUACUUCCAUGAUGUGGGAAGGUGAGGCUUCCGAGGACAAACACCUACCAGGACUCUUCCAAAGCGCAUUAUGAUAGUGAGAACCAGUCGGACGAGGUAAUGCUGGUAGAUGGCCUCUAAAUCUGAUACAUGAUUUUCAUGUUAAUUGUAAAUCUGAAUUCCCUAUUGCAAGGGAGACAUAUGGAUCACUUUGCUUUUACUUUAAAAAUGUUGCAUGUGAACAUCCCAACCCUUACAAGCUUUUUUUUUUUUCUUUCUUACACUGUAUUUGCACGGCAAAAGGCAAUGUAACAACAACGUAUUUUUUAGGACAAAUAUUCUUUUAUUUCUGUUAAACUGAAUAUACAGUUGUUCCCUAGGCAACCAACUUUUGCUUGAACUACAGUUUCACAUUAACAAAACACAGACAGUAAAAAGACACUUUGAUUGUGAAGAUCUAAUUACAGUAAUAAAUAAAAUAAUUUAUACAAUG